AAAACUCUGCCAUUUAUUGUAACGUUUAAAUGGAUGUGAAAGAGGAGACGUGUGAGGCUGACCUGAAUAUCAUAAAAUUAAGGAUCAUAAAUGUUAAGGAGGAGGACUGUGAGUGGGAGAGUGUCCACCCCAAACAGGAGAGUCUGGACAUUAAGGAAGAGGACCGUGAACUGGGGUCAGUGAAAAUUAAAGAGCAGGAUGAAGAGAAGUGUGUCAGCACAGAGAUACACAACUAUAGAAGUUUGGAGAGUGUCGAGGAAGAUGACCUUCAUUAUGGACAUCAAGAUGGAGCAGUGACCGGGUUAGUCUCUUCUCAUAGCAGACACUCUUCAUCUCCGGAGUCUUCUAUCAAUGUAAAAUAUGAAUCAUUACAGUCUGACAGAAAGACAACUGUAGAGAUUUCAUCUCCUAGAACUGAGGAAGGUCAGCCAUCACCUAAGAAGUCAUCUAAAACAAGAAAGAAAGAUCACUGCAGUGUGGAAUGUGGCAGAGAAUUCUCUAACAGGAGUGCUCUUCAGAAACACACGAGAGUUCACACCGGAGAGAAGACAUAUUGCUGUAAUGAAUGUGGUAAACAGUUUUCAAAUAAAGGCCAUCUUCAGGGACACACGAGAGUACACACUGGAGAGAAGCCAUAUUGCUGUAAUGAAUGUGGUAAACAGUUUUCACAAAAAGGCAAUCUUCAGAAACACACGAGAGUUCACACCGGAGAGAAGACAUAUUGCUGUAAUGAAUGUGGUAAACAGUUUUCACAAAAAUGCGAUCUUCAGAGACACACGAGAGUUCACACCGGAGAGAAGCCAUAUUGCUGUAAUGAAUGUGGUAAACAGUUUUCAAAUAACGGCAAUCUUCAUAUACACACGAGAGUUCACACCGGAGAGAAGCCAUAUUGCUGUAAUGAAUGUGGUAAACAGUUUUCACAUAAAGGCAGUCUUCAGAGACACACUAGAGUUCACACCGAAGAGAAGACAAAUUGUUGUAAUGAAUGUGGUAAACAGUUUUCACAAAAAAGCGAUCUUCAGAAACACACUGCAGUUCACACCGGAGAGAAGCCAUAUUGCUGUAAUGAAUGUGGCAAACAGUUUUCACAUAAAGGCAAUCUACAGUUACACAUGAGCGUUCACACAGGAGAGAAGACAUAUUGCUGUAAUGAAUGUGGGAAACUGUUUUCAGAGAUGGGCAAUCUUCAGAGACACACAAGAGUUCAGACCGGAGAGAAGCCAUAUUGCUGUAAUGAAUGUGGCAAACAGUUUUCAGAGAUGAGCAGUCUUCAGAAACACAUGAGAGUUCACACUGGAGAGAAGCCAUAUUGCUGUAAUGAAUGUGGUAAACAGUUUUCACAAAAAGGCAGUCUUCAGAAACACACAAGAGUUCACACCGGAGAGAAGCCAAAUUGCUGUAAUGAAUGUGGCAAACAGUUUUCAGAGAUGAGCAGUCUUCAGAAACACAUGAGAGUUCACACUGGAGAGAAGCCAUAUUGCUGUAAUGAAUGUGGUAAACAGUUUUCACAAAAAGGCAAUUUUCAGAAACACACAAGAGUUCACACUGGAGAGAAGCCAUAUUGCUGUAAUGAAUGUGGCAAACAGUUUCCACAAAAAUUUGAUCUUCAGAACCACACGAGAGUUCACACUGGAGAGAAGCCAUAUUGCUGUAAUGAAUGUGGCAAACAGUUUUCAGAGACAAGCAAUCUUCAGAAACACACAAGAGUUCACACCAGAGAGAAGCCAUAUCGCUGUAAUGAAUGUGGUAAACAGUUUUCACAGAUAGUCAGUCUUCAGAGGCACACAAGAGUUCACAACAGAAUAAAAAUGGUAGCAGUUCAAAAAUCAGUACAGAAAAACAAGAACCCUUCUGGAGGUUGUCGUGUCCUGAAAAGAAAACAUAAUGACGCCUUUCGUGGGUCCAGCAACAAAUCAUUUACAGAAAAUAAUGGCAAACUCCUUGGACUUAUUGAAAUGAUAGCCACAUUUGAUCCUCCUAUGGAUGAGCAUUUGAGAAGAGUUUCGAAUAAGGGAAUAUCGGAGUUGCGAAAUUCAGAAUGA